ACCACCGCCAACGUCGAUUAAGAACCGGCACGAUGGGAGCCCUCAAAUAUGUAGAAGAACUUCAAAAGAAGAAGCAGUCCGAUGUUCUGCGAUUCCUUCUCCGUGUCCGAUGCUGGGAGCUUCGACAACUGAACGUCGUCCACCGUGCUUCCCGCCCUUCUCGCCCUGACAAGGCUCGCCGUCUGGGUUACAAGGCCAAGCAAGGAUAUGUCAUCUACCGUGUCCGAGUCCGCCGUGGAGGCCGCAAGCGUCCAGUUCCCAAGGGUGCUACUUAUGGCAAGCCCACCAACCAGGGUGUUAACCAAUUGAAGUACCAAAGAUCCCUCAAGUCGACUGCUGAGGAGCGUGUCGGACGUCGUUGCGCCAACUUGCGAGUUCUUAACUCGUACUGGAUCAACCAGGACUCCACCUACAAGUACUUCGAGGUCAUCCUCGUUGACCCUCAACACAAGGCCAUUCGCCGCGAUCCUCGUAUCAACUGGAUCGUCAACCCAGUCCACAAGCACCGUGAAUCCCGUGGUCUUACUGCCACUGGCAAGAAGUCGCGUGGUUUGGGCAAGGGUCACGGAUACAACAAGACAACCGCUGGCCGCAGAAAGACCUGGAAGAGACACAACACCCUCAACCUUCAGCGAUACAGAUAGAUGUCUUAGCGGGAGUUUUCUAGGGAUUGUGCUACUUCGAGCGGGAAGGGUGAUUCUUACUACGGCAUUGUUUCAUGGCCUUGCAAAGCGGUGCAGCAGGAUUUGCUAGUAUCAAAAGCUUAUGAAUUGAAAACAUGAAGCCCAUAAAAGCAAAUGCAGUACUGCAGUGCUAAAGUGAUCCCGUGAAUUGACCAUGCAGGGUUU